CAGCGACCGAACGUGGAGGUUACCGCGAGAGCGAGGCGACUGUCAACAAAGACACAACCCCCGUGUAGCAUUCGAGCUAGCGACUUCACCCCCAAGUCACCAGAGACACACGAGACUGUGGGGCUGUAACGGACCGCGGCGAUUCGGCGUGCGAGACAGAAAAAAAAAAAAAAGAAAAGAAAAGAAAAGAAAAAAAAAAUCCCCGAAAGCCCCAACAUCCUCUAACGUGACAUUCGCUGAUGUCGACCUCCACAGUCGUACGUGCAGCGGUCGACUGCGGCUCUCGCCAGCGUCGUCGUUGACUGCCGGCGGCUUCUUUUCUUUUCUUUUUUUUCUAUCCGCCGAGAUGUGCGGCAUGUCGGGAUGACAGGAAGAUGGCAAGCGGGGUUGGAAAGCACAAGCUGCUUGUCAUCGGACCAACAGAGCCAUGGUCGGUGAGGGAGAAGCUGUGUCUGGCCACAUCGGUCAUGAAGAGUGGCGACCAGAACUGGGUAUCCGUCAGUAGAGCCAUCAAACCAUUUGCCGAACCUGGGCGACCACCGGACUGGUUCUCUCAAAAGCACUGUGCCUCCAAGUACUCGGAGCUCCUGGAAACGACAGAAGCCCCAAAGAGGAAGCGUGGUGAAAAGGGUGAAGUGGUGGAGACAGUGGAGGACGUGAUAGUGCGCAGGCUGACCGCUGACAGGAUCAAUCAACUGAAAAAGUUGAUCAAAGAAACUCAGGAGAAGCACAGGAAGUUAAAGAGAGAGGCUGAACUGAUUCAAGCAGGACACCUAGAUUCCAAACUGGAGGAGUUAUGGGAAGAAAUUCUGCAGAAGAAGAAACUGGAGGAGGAGGAAGAAGAGUCGAAAAGAAAAAGCACAGAUUCUGCUUACCAGGCCAGACGGUUGGCAAAGGGCACAUCGAGACGAGUGCCCGGUGUCGCCAUGCACUCGCCCUCAGGCUGUAGCUCCCCAAGCCAGGAGAUCUCACCAGGUGACCCCCUCGAGAGCCUGACUCUGGGCCUCGCAUCGCCAAAGAAUGCCAGGUUAAUGACAUUUUCAGAGUCUUCUGGACUUUGUACUGAAGACAUCAGCCACGGGUCACUUCUGGACGACCCCACCCAAAAGAAACUCCUGUGCCAGAAAGCCACACCGACGCCAUCUCCACUCCUGUCAGAGUUACUGAAGAAAGGCAGCAUCUUGGCCUCGAAUUCCAGACUGAUUGGAGAGUGUGACGUGUCCACUGGAAACAUGAUCGGAGCACAUGACUUGCAGCUGGCUCUGCCGAGUCAACCUCUCUCUCAGGCAACAGCAGGUGCCCCGAUGUUGUCCCGUCUCUUGGAGGCGGGUCCCGCGCAGUUUUCCGCUCCAUUAAGUUUCAUGGUCAGUGCAGACUCAGUCCCCAGCGCUCCUCUCUCUGCCGCCACUCCUCUUCCUGUUGACUCCACUGCCUCAGCGAGUACAGAGGAUAAGGUGUCGGGGCUCAGUGAGGAAGAGGAGACCUACAUGGGAGACGAGCUGGACCUCAAGACUGUGGGGGACAUCAUCGCCAUCAUUGAAGACAAGGUGCAAAAGGACAAAGCAGAUGAGGCGGCAGAGGCUUUGGACGCAGCUGCAGUUGAGGCUGCUCUGUCCUUGUGUGAGGAGAACGGCCACGCUCUGUCCGGCGCCUGGCAGACUGGGCCUUUCCAGCCCCACGAGCCUCACCCCUCAGUGCCCACAAGGGCUCCACGGUCGUCAUCUCUGCUCUGUAGCCUGGAGGGGAAGACUGAGGUGUUGGAAGUCCAGAAUGAGAAUUCAGCCUCGCUCUCUUCUCUGUGCAACAGUCAAGAUCACUGUCUCGCAGUAUUCCCCGCGGGACUGAAGAGUGUUCCUCUCAGCUCCUCAUCCUCAUGCAACUCGAAGAGUUUGGAGCGCUGCCCCGCCGGAGCACCUCCACGGCCUCAGGCACUGAGAGGAACCGGAGAGGCGGUGCACCCGAAAGGCAGAAUUUCCUCGGAUGUUUCCAUUAAAUGUGAGCGAGAGAAGUGGUCACAGCAAAGACCUAAUAAAUCCCACGGAGACUUGGCAUUAGAAGAGAAAAGGCAUCCCAAGGAGAUGAAGGCAGCGAACGGAAUAUACGUUGGGCGAGUUGAGGACGCCUCCGGCACUAAGGUGGACAGUGAGAUCAACCGGCCAGAGGUGUGUGGAGAGGAGGACGGCGAUGGGGCAGAGGGAUUCUCGUCGGAGCCCGAUGGCGAGACGGAGCCGGAGCCUGCAGCCAGCGAGAGCGAGGACGGAUACAGCCUCCACAUGGCCUCCUCGUCCCUGCAGCUCCACACGACAGCAGACUCCAUCGCCAGCAGCCCGGCCUCGUCGCAGUUGUUAGUUUCUGUGUGCAGCGAAGACCUGGAGGCACUACAGGCCCACAAGAUCUGGAAGAAAGCCAUCAUGCUGGUUUGGCGCGCGGCGGCAAAUCACAGGUACGCAAAUGUCUUCCUGCAGCCAGUCACAGAUGAUAUUGCACCUGGAUACCGCAGUAUUGUUCACAGGCCGAUGGACCUGGCCGCCAUAAAAAAGAACAUCGAGACCAGUCUGAUCCGGACCACCGCUGAGUUCCAGAGGGACAUCAUGCUGAUGUUUCAGAACGCCGUCAUGUACAACAGCCUGGACCACGACGUGUACCACAUGGCCCUGGAGAUGCAGCGCGACGUCCUGGAGCAGAUCCAGCAGUUCCUGGCCACGCAGCUCAUCAUGGAGACUGCAGAGUCUGGCAUCAGCGCCAAGAGUCUGAGGGGCCGUGAGAGCACACGCAAACAGGACUCGACUGACAAGGACACUGUCUCCAUGUCUUCUCCUGCCUUCCUCCUUUCUCUCUUUGUAAGUACCCGUCCUAAAGCCUUUUUAAACUUUAACCUUCUUGUCUUUUUCACCCGAAGCAAACAAUAUAACAGACACAAUUGUUGCACAUGUCAAAACAAAGAGAAACUCAUUCGUAUAGAACUGAAGUCUGUACAGUUAGAGAAGUAAAAAGCUGGUUUCAGCUCAGUCACAUACUUUGAGUGAAGACUAAACAGACUGUGGUCUAAUGUGGUGGCUUUGCUCUCUCUGACUGUAGGAUGGAGGCACCAGGGGGCGCCGUUGUGCCAUAGAAGCCGACCUCAAGAUGAAGAAAUGAAUAUCUAGUAUGAAACUUUUGCUCGACUGUGUACCCAGGUUGUACCGAAAGGUGACGCCACAAGGCCGAACUUGACCUCGGUCAGUUGCACAUAUUCUCACUCUGCAUUUUAUGCAGCGUAAACUUUAUUUGCACUCUAGAUUAUAUGGGUAGAAGAUAAUGUGGAGGAAGAUCCUUUCCUCUUGAGACAGCCAUACCGACAUGGAUUACAUACUGCGUAAUCCCAGAUUACAAUGGGACAUUCAGAAAGACUAGGUCAUAGACGUAGCUGCAGAUCACUAAGACUUAGCCUGCUCUAAAUUCCAUCAGGUUAUUUAAACGGAGGAGAAAGUUUCUCCUUUGUCCACGUGGGCUGCAGGGGCCUGGUUGGAUUUUUAAUUUUGACGUGAAACCGGAGGCCAAAGACUCUCAUUAAUCUAAUUUCUGACAGUCUGAGUCCCGAAAAACUGAUUGAUCAGUGGGGCAUGUACUAUUUUCAAACAGAAACAUUUCCAUUACUGGUAUGACAUUUUUAAAAAUGAUUUUAAAUUUUCCAUUUUAAAAACUUGUAAAUGUUUGUGAUGAGUUGAUUUUAUCUGUGGUACACUUCCAGUGAAACAGUACCUCCAUGCAUACUCUUGUUGUUUACAGUGUUUUUGGGGAAAAAAAAUAAUCAAAUGUAAAAAAACUGUUAUGUGGACUUUAAAAUGUUAAAAAACAAUAAAACUGUAUUAAGUCCCCCAAAUGUAACGCUUGAAUUGCACAUUGUCUCCCCAGUGCAAACCCAGAACAUACCGCUGACACACCACUGCAGUAACUUGCAACUUAUCAUUGAUGCUUUAAAGUAGGUUUUUCCUUUUAUUUAUUUUUUGUGCAAAAGAUAAAGGCCUGAUAUUCAUUUAGGGAAUUUCAGUUUUUUUUUUUCUGCCCUUGUUUCAUAUUUAUGUCUGGUUUGCCAAAUUUGUGGCGCACAUGUUUAAUUUACUGUGUCAGUGGGGAAGCUUGCAGAUCUAGGAUUGGGUUUAUGAAUCUGUUAAAGCCACAGUGGCCGUAUCGCACAAAACUAUUGAGUUCCAUGAGCAUCAGAACAGAAAUACGUGACCACUGUUAUGUUUCAUUUACCUUUUCUGAACAUGGCGGCCUACACACAGAGGGGACACAGCAUCUUCCACAAAGCUGCCACUCUGGUGUAGGACGAGUCAUAGUGGUGUUUUUUUCUUAUUUGUUCUGUGUUAUGUCAAUUGGACUGAUCAAUAAAACUAAUGCACUGCUUUUAUUGAACCAGGGCCAAUUCAUUUGCAAGAUCCUAACUGACGACUCCUCAAUGCUGUUGCUGUUGUCAACUUGCACUUUGUCUCCUCUCCUUUCUGUCCAACGUGCAAAUACAUUGUGUUCAUGUUUUCAGUA